GGGCGCUCCGGAUGCCUGCUGCUUUUCUUCCCCUUCCGUGGGUCGGGGACUGUCUGGUCCGCAGCCUGCACCUCCUUUUCCUUAGUCAACAUUCGUCCGGGACCGCGUGUGGAGGAAGGAGGGUGUGGUGGAUUGAAAGCCAUUCUACUUCGUCCCCGAGUUAGACCAUUGGGUGUAGUGGUAGUCUCUUAAGAGGGAAGCGAUGCUGGAGAUUUUUAUUUCUAAUUGUGGGUAGAGAAACAGGUUGACUCUAGGGCCCAAAGCAAGCGGGUUUAACUUAUUGCUGUUCCCGUGUUGGAAGGAGGACCCAGAUAAAAGUCUCCCCUGGCAGAACUUCCGUAGCCUCGUCCGUAGAAAAGGCCAGGUGUCUUCAAUUUUGGUCGUUUGGGUUGUGUUAAGAUUCACCAGGCGGAGCUCCCGGGGUUUAGCUAGGGUUUCGGUUGGAAACAGAUGCAGAAUCCUAAGGCAGCGCAGGAAACGGCCACCGGUUUUGCUAUGCCUCUGAGCUGCAAGGUAACCAAACAGCUCAAUGGAGUCUGAGCAACUGUUUCAUAGAGGCUACUAUAGAAACAGCUACAACAGUAUAACAAGUGCAAGUAGCGAUGAGGAACUUUUAGAUGGAGCAGGUGUCAUUAUGGACUUUCAAACUUCUGAGGAUGACAAUUUGUUAGAUGGUGACACAGUAGUUGGAACUCAUUACACAAUGACAAAUGGAGGCAGCAUUAACAGUUCUACACAUUUACUGGAUCUUUUGGAUGAACCAAUUCCAGGCGUUGGUACUUAUGAUGAUUUCCAUACUAUUGAUUGGGUCCGGGAGAAAUGUAAAGAUAGAGAAAGGCAUAGACGGAUCAACAGCAAAAAGAAAGAGUCAGCAUGGGAGAUGACGAAAAGCUUGUAUGAUGCGUGGUCAGGAUGGCUAGUGGUAACACUGACAGGAUUGGCAUCCGGGGCAUUGGCUGGAUUAAUAGACAUUGCUGCUGAUUGGAUGACUGACCUCAAGGAAGGCAUUUGCUUUAAUGCUUUGUGGUACAACCAUGAACAGUGUUGUUGGGGAUCUAGUGAAACAACAUUUGAGGAGAGGGAUAAAUGUCCACAGUGGAAAACAUGGGCAGAGUUAAUUAUAGGUCAAGCAGAGGGUCCUGGUUCUUACAUCAUGAACUACAUAAUGUACAUCUUCUGGGCCUUGAGUUUUGCCUUUCUUGCUGUUUCUUUGGUAAAGGUAUUUGCUCCAUAUGCCUGUGGCUCAGGAAUUCCAGAGAUUAAAACUAUUUUGAGUGGAUUCAUCAUCAGAGGUUACUUGGGCAAAUGGACUUUAAUGAUUAAAACCAUCACAUUAGUACUGGCUGUGGCAUCAGGAUUGAGUUUAGGAAAAGAAGGUCCCCUGGUACAUGUUGCCUGUUGUUGUGGAAAUAUUUUUUCUUACCUCUUUCCAAAGUAUAGCACAAAUGAAGCUAAAAAAAGGGAGGUGCUCUCAGCUGCCUCAGCUGCAGGUGUUUCUGUGGCCUUUGGUGCACCGAUCGGAGGAGUUCUUUUUAGCCUGGAAGAGGUUAGCUAUUAUUUUCCUCUUAAAACUUUAUGGAGAUCAUUUUUUGCUGCUUUAGUUGCUGCAUUUGUUUUGAGAUCCAUUAAUCCAUUUGGUAAUAGCCGUCUGGUCCUUUUUUAUGUGGAGUAUCAUACACCAUGGUACCUUUUUGAACUGUUUCCUUUUAUUCUCCUCGGGGUAUUUGGAGGGCUUUGGGGAGCCUUUUUCAUUAGGGCAAAUAUAGCGUGGUGUCGUCGACGCAAAUCCACCAAAUUUGGAAAGUAUCCUGUCCUUGAAGUCAUUAUUGUUGCAGCCAUCACUGCUGUGAUAGCUUUCCCUAAUCCAUAUACUAGGCUCAACACCAGUGAACUGAUUAGAGAGCUUUUUACAGACUGUGGGCCCCUGGAAUCCUCUUCUCUUUGUGACUACAGAAAUGACAUGAAUGCCAGCAAAAUUGUUGAUGAUAUUCCUGAUCGUCCAGCAGGCGUCGGAGUAUAUUCAGCUAUAUGGCAGUUAUGCUUAGCACUCAUAUUUAAAAUCAUAAUGACAGUAUUCACUUUUGGUAUCAAGGUUCCGUCAGGCUUGUUCAUCCCCAGCAUGGCCAUCGGAGCGAUUGCAGGGAGGAUUGUGGGCAUUGCAGUGGAGCAGCUUGCAUAUUAUCACCAUGACUGGUUUAUCUUUAAGGAGUGGUGUGAGGUUGGGGCUGACUGCAUUACUCCUGGCCUCUAUGCCAUGGUUGGUGCUGCCGCAUGCUUAGGUGGAGUGACAAGGAUGACCGUCUCCCUGGUGGUUAUUGUUUUUGAGCUUACUGGAGGCCUGGAAUAUAUUGUCCCCCUUAUGGCUGCAGUAAUGACCAGUAAAUGGGUUGGAGACGCCUUUGGUAGGGAAGGCAUUUAUGAAGCGCACAUUCGGUUAAAUGGAUACCCUUUCUUGGAUGCAAAAGAAGAAUUCACUCAUACCACCCUGGCUGCUGAUGUCAUGAGACCUCGAAGGAAUGAUCCUCCCUUAGCUGUCCUGACACAAGACAACAUGACAGUGGAUGACAUAGAAAACAUGAUUAAUGAAACCAGCUACAAUGGCUUUCCUGUCAUAAUGUCAAAAGAAUCUCAGAGAUUAGUAGGAUUUGCCCUCAGAAGAGACCUGACAAUUGCAAUAGAAAGUGCCAGAAAGAAACAAGAAGGUAUCGUGGGCAGCUCUCGCGUGUGCUUUGCACAGCACACCCCGUCUCUGCCAGCAGAAAGUCCGCGGCCCUUGAAGCUUCGCAGCAUUCUUGACAUGAGCCCUUUCACAGUGACGGACCACACCCCCAUGGAGAUCGUGGUGGAUAUUUUCCGAAAGCUGGGCCUGAGGCAGUGCCUUGUAACUCACAAUGGGAUUGUCUUGGGGAUCAUCACAAAGAAGAACAUAUUAGAGCAUCUCGAGCAACUAAAGCAGCACGUCGAACCCUUGGCGCCUCCUUGGCAUUAUAACAAAAAAAGAUAUCCUCCGUCAUAUGGCCCAGACGGCAAACCAAGACCCCGCUUCGGUAAUGUUCAACUGAACCUCGUAGAUGAGGACAGAGAGGAGGCAGAAGAGGAAGUUCAUUUGUUGAAUAGCACAACUCUGUAACCUGAGGGAGUCGUCUACCUAUAGUUCUCCUUUAAACAAAAAAAGAAAGAAAAAGAAAAUAUAAAAGCCAGGCUUUUGCAACAUGGUUUGCAAAUAAUGCUGGUGGAACGGAGGAAUUGUUUGGGGGAGGGAAAGGAGAGAGAAGGAAAUGAGUGAGGUAUUUCCCCGUCUAAGGAGAGCAGCCAGCCACCUCCUGUCGUUCUGCACUGGAUGCGUUCAGCUGAGGAUGUGCCAUGAAAGUGCAGACUUGAGCCCCAAAGGAGAGGGCCCUGGAGCCCUGGAGCACCCGGCCUGUUACUCCAACAUCGCAAAGACGUGUUAUCAGUCCCCGUUUCUGGAGGGGUUACUUUGAAUUGAGCCAUCUAUAAGACUGCAGGUCUUGCCCUUUUUUAAUCAAAACUGUUCUGUUUAAUUCAUGAAUUGUAUAGUUAAGCAUUACCUUUUUACAUUCCAGAAGAGCUUCUCUCUCUUUCUUUCUCUCUCUGUAACAAAGCCUCUUUAAAUUGGUGUGCCCUUUUGAAGCAAUCCUUUCUCAUAUUGAGAUGUACUGUGAUUUUACUGAGGUUUCAUCACAAGAAGGGAGUGUUUCUUAUGCCACUAACCAUGUAGUUUUUUUUACCAUCACUGAAUGCUUGGAGCCGACACAUGCACCAUAACAAAGGCCGAUCACACAGGUACAAUCUUGAGUGAAGCAUGAAUGAGAUCUCUCAGCUUGUGUGCUGUGUAGUUCAGAAUCUUUUUGUUUUCCCCACUCUCAGAUUUUACGGAUAAUGUGACCUGGUCUUAUGCAUAUUUUCUAUUUCUAAAACUGCUAUGAAAUACAAGUACUGUUCAGCAUAAGGAAGCACCGUGCUACUGCUCUGACAGUAAAGAGAAGUAACUAUUCUGUUUAGCUAUAUCUGGAAUUAACUGCAUGUUUAAACACUGGAAUUUUUUUUUCUUCUUGAAAUUAGAUCAGUAAUUUUUUGCUUUCCUCAAGAUAUUUUACUGCUGACACUGAAGAAAUGUAAUUCAUAACUUGCACUAAUGUAUAUUUCUUUUUCUUAAAAAUUUACCAUUCUUAUUUAUAUUUUUAUGGAUUAAAAUUUAUAAAAUACAGAUCAGUUAAUAUCUCACUUAAGUAAUUUUACCUUUUUAAUGUGAUUUUUGUAGACUAAUUCUGACUUACAAAUAUGGAGAUAUGAACAAAGUUUACAAUGGGAACAAGGGUUUGAGAGAGGAUGUGGUUAUUUAUGAUCUAAUGUGUACAUAAACCUUUUUCUGAUCUUUCACUGCCAUCCCCUGGAUUCUGUCAUCUGACCUAUCCAUUCUGACUCAUUAAUGGAAAAUUGAAACACUACAAAUCACUUUGAAGAUUAAAAUCAAACAUUAAAUAGUGUUUACCUUUAAAAAAAUCAAAUGAAAUUGCAAAAAUAGCAGUUAAAAUUGUAAUCAGAACAUAACCUUUGAAUCUUCGGGUAUGUCACAACCAGAGGUAUUCAACGAUGUUUUGACUAUUCACAGUGCAUAUUUUGCAGGAUGAAUUGAAAAUGUAUUGGGGUAUGUUUGGGAUUGUUUUUGGAAAUGUCUGUCUUAAUCAUGGUCUUAAUUCACUAUCGGCAAAGGUACUUUUCUUGAAGGACCGGCCUAAAUAUUCUGUGAUUAUGCAUUUUGGGUUGGAAAGUGAUUUUUUGCAGACAUUUUCUGAAACAAACUGGCAUUGAGCUGCUUUUUUGGAAGUGAGUCUUCACUUCCUAGUUUUUAAUAGAUCUGUAAGAUCACAUAAAAUGGGUAAAAUCUUGAAGAUUUAUAAGAUCAUGAAGCCAUAUUAGAAUGACAAUUGUUAAGUUGAACAAAAUUUUAGAAACUCCGUGAAACAUUCUAGUUUUGCUAUCUGCCUAAAAUUGGUACUUUGUCCAAGACACCUCCCCACUUUGGCAGACUUGAAGUUUUCUGGCCCCUUUAAAGUUUCUUUGACCAUCCAGAGUACGAUCAUUUCUGAACGAUGGUUGUGUGUAUCUUAUCUCCAGCUUGUCUGAAGCGUGCAAGGCGCUGCUGGAGUGAGUUCCUCAGCACUGGCUACCGAACAACUGAAUUGCUUGUUCUCAGUUACAAGCCUUGGAAGGAGAAGCGAGUUUCUUUGCAGGUAGCUUCAUCAUAGUAAACUUUACAUGGAUUUCGUUUUUCAUGUUAGGUCCUCCUUUCAUUGCCUAUCCUGCUUCAGAGACUGACAUUUCAGGGUGAACACUCCAGGUGGAUAUUAAUUUUCUUCUUGGUGUAUUUCUCUCUCUGAUGUGUCUUACAGCUGAAAUACAGGAAAAGUGCCAUAUUUCUAUGCAUUCAGUGGUUUUCUUUGGGAUUACGGUCUGUUCCAAUUUUCUUCUUGAUAGGUUGAGGUAUGUCUGCUUUUUCACCAAACUGUGAAAUAGCGGAGAUCAUGAAAUAUAUGUGCCUGGCUGAUUGGCAAAUAAUAUGUGGAGCACCUUAUUUGCGUCACUUUUUGGAGAAGGUCUGAUGAGAAUGGGCAAGGGUGUCAGCAUCUCUUCCUAAUAAUUGUUUUCAGUUUUGGUUCAUGAAGAAUGCUUAGUUUGUUAACCUGUGAUGUUGCCUAGAGCUGUAUUUAUCUGUUUUUAUUUAUACUAGUAUAGUAAAGCUGCAUAUCAUUACAGUAAAAAUGAUUACUGUGAUGAGUUAAUCAGAAUAUCUAUUAAAAUCUAUAUGACAAUG